UGUUUUGCCUUAUGUCAUCAUGAACAUGAAACCAAAGGAAUGAAAGAAACCUUCAUCGAAAAUUCCAUGACUGCACUGAAAGUGAAAGUUCCCCUGGAGGCACGAGAGGGCGGUGCCUCAGGUGAGAGGAGGAGGGGCAGCUUAGGGAAGGGGCGUGGCUUGUACUGUGUGUGUGUAAGAGAGUAAAUAUUUUUCACUACUGGUGGAACCUGUCCGUCUACUUCACCAGAGACACACGGAUACUCAGCCUGAAGUGCAGGACGUACAAAGAACAGUGGAGAGAACAAACACACAUUUACCAGAAACCAGAAAGAAUGCUGGACGGAGCGACAGUCUGGACAUAGACCACCGGAUUGGACAUCGUAGAUGAAGACAACACGCGUUGUGUUUGUGUUUGUUUACUUGACAGGUGCAUCAGUGGGUUUGAGUUUGAAUGAGACGUGUGUGUUUCUGAGGACCUUUAAUGGGUAGAAGCAUCCUGGAUAUGGGGGGAUGUCAGAGUUACAGCAGCUCUGAUGAAGAGGAUGUCCGAGCUCUGAAGGCAAACUACACUAAUGUCAGCCUGUUCAAAUUAAAGAAUAACAAUCUACAUUUAGUCCCGUCUGCUGAGGUCAAACCUUACCUGACAGAUCACUUCCUGUCCAGACGCAUCACUGAUCUCGACCUUCUGACCCUCUCUGCCCUGUCACACGGCCUCGACCAGCAGGAGUGGAUAGCAACAAACACGGUGUCGUUUUUCGAGCACACUACCCUCUUCUUCAGUGCUCUGUCUGAUUGUUGCUCAAUUACAGCGUGUCCGGCAGCCAACAGCUCAGGAAACCUUUUGUAUGAAUGGAGCAGUGAAACAGUAGGACUUUAG